AUGCUGUAUUCACAUUUAGCGAAGUUCCAUAUUAGUAUUAUACCCAUUAGAUGGUAUAAAGAUAACAUUUUAUCCAAUUUGGACAUUAAUCUCAAGAACUCACUGAUUCUUACAGCAAUAGAAACAUCAACUGAUAUAACUUCAUUUCAAAUUACAUGUACAUUCCAAAGUUUACAUCAUAUUCAAGGAUCAGAUCGUAGUGAAGUUGUUCACCAAAACACUCAUCAACAAAAUAAGUUUGGAAUUGCAUUUUCUACAGCGAAAACUGCUAUUAAUGUUGCAUUAGAAACUAAUAGUGAUCAUGAAUUAAUCACAUUAUUAAAAGAUUUUAUUGAAUCAAAGCGAGAAAAAAAUAUAGGUGAUGGUGAUGAUAUUAAAGAAAAUCAUGAUAUAAUAGGAAUUAAUGAAUCUAGUCAAGAAGAUGGCAGCAUAAUUCCAUUACAAAAAGAUUUAAUUGAACAAAUAACUGAUCCUCGUGUGACUAAAAUUAGAGGAACUCCAUCAAAAAAGAGACUAAAAAGUGCGAUGGAGGUAUCAAGAAAAAGAAUUCUGAUGCAAGAAAUUUCAGAUGAAAGUAAUACUCAACCAGUAAAACAACAGCGCCGAUGCUUAUCAUGUGGUAAAUUCGGCCAUUACCAAAAAAGGUGUCCAUCGAGAAACGCUAGAUGA